CUGCUCAGUUUUACACAAAUACAAAAAUGGCGUCGGAGCAAGACCAAAACGUUGGAAUGGAAAAUUCAACGCGGCGCACACGUUCCGGACGAACGACGGCGGUUGUCACAACGCAGUCCAUAACGCCAUCUAGAACAACACGUCGCACAUCGAAGAGGCAAGCGCAGUUGAGUGAUCAGGAAGAAGAGCACUAUCUCCCACAUACCACUAUGGUGCACGCAGAGGAGGAGCAGCAGUCAAGCCAAAUUGUUUUGCCUAACAAUGAGGAAGUACAAUACGAUGAGCUGGAGGAUGUAGAAAUGUCGGGCACCGCCGAAACCACUGGCGGCGUGGACGAAAAGAGCUCCUCGUUUCCCUUUAGUGCUGUGGCAGAACAACACUCUGAAACAAGCGAUGAUGUCAAAGUAAAUCGCACAGAAGAUACAUCGUUGCUGGCUUCUUUGGCUGGCGACAAUGCCAACAGUUUGCCGUCUGUUGGUGGCAACGAUGAGAGUAAUCCAAGCAAAAGAGCAGACUUUGAAACAAAUGGCGUCGAUUCAUUACAAAUGCUUGAUUGCAAGCCAAUUCUCUCGGAAUCCAGCUCGGAGCCAGCUAUAGCUGAAAGCCUAGGCGACGAUCUUGACACUAGUAAUGCCACAAUUGUCAAUACUGAAAUUAUUUCAGAGGAUGAAUUACCUCCGGUAAGCAAACCGGAGAUAAAUGAUGCUGAAGAAGUAUCUGAUGAGGAGUUGCCUGCGCCAAGACGUGCCGAAUUGCCUGCCGACGCGGAGGUUAUAUCUGAGGAUGAACUUCCGUCAAACAACAAUAAUAACAAUGUGAGCGAGUCGAAGACUAGUGUCAAGCGGAAGGCAGACAGAGAUUCUGCUAAGCCGGUGGUAGAACAACUCAUCAGCAGCGAGUCAAGCUCUAUAAGCGAGGCGGCCGAGAAGUAUGAUCCCAUGAGUCCCACUACAGAGAGCAAUGAUGCGGCGCCGGUGGAGAAACGCGCACGAGUAGAUGAAGCAGAAGCUGAUCACAAAGACAAGGAAAAAGAGAGUAAAAGGGAUAAAGAGCGCGAUAAAGAUAAGGAUAAGGAAAAAGAGAAAGAUCGCAAACGGCUGCCUGAUUUAGAAAAAUAUUGGCGCGUUGUAAAAGAGGACGUCACUGAUUUUACUGGUUGGACCUAUUUGCUGCAAUAUGUGGAUAGCGAGUCCGAUGCGGAUGCAGCACGCGAGGCCUACGACACAUUCCUGUCACAUUAUCCCUAUUGCUAUGGCUAUUGGCGAAAAUAUGCCGACUAUGAGAAGCGUAAGGGCAUCAAGGAUAAUUGCUAUAAGGUAUUUGAGCGUGGACUAGAAGCUAUACCACUAUCAGUUGAUCUAUGGAUACAUUAUCUAAUGCACAUUAAAGCACAAGAUGGCGAUGAUGAGCAAUUCAUACGUAGUCAGUACGAGCGUGCAGUAAAAGCUUGUGGACUAGAGUUUCGCUCCGAUAAGCUCUGGGAUGCUUAUAUACGCUGGGAGAAUGAAUCUAAACGGUAUCACCGUGUGGUUCAGAUAUAUGAUAGACUGUUGGCUAUACCCACUCAAGGCUAUAAUGGACACUUUGACAACUUUCAAGAUGUUAUCAAUCAGCAUGCAAUUACCGCUACAAUUGGCCAAGAGGAGAUGGUGCGUCUGCGAAAGGAUUGGCAUGAGCGUCAGCUAACUAAAUCUUCAAAGUCAUCGUCGACAUCCUCAUCGAAGAGUCGCCGUGACAGCGGCAGCAGCAGUUCCAAGGAACGUGAACGCGAAAAAGAUAGCGGAACAGGUGCUGCAGCCGCUGGUGGUAAGUCACCCAAAGAUACUAGUGAAACUCAAGUCGAUGAAACAGCCAACGAUCUAAACACAAGUGAUUCUACGAAGAUGACGCAAUCGCAGCUUGACUACAGUGACUUUAGUAUGCUAAGUGAAGAGGAAAUAGCCGCCAUCAAGGACAAGGCUAUUUCGGCGCGUCGUAAAGUGCACAAGUUGACAGUAAACGCAGUGACUGCACGCUGGUCCUACGAGGAGGGCAUAAAGCGUCCCUACUUUCAUGUGAAGCCCUUAGAGCGCGCGCAGCUUAAAAACUGGAAAGACUAUUUGGAGUUUGAAAUAGAGAAGGGCGAUCGCGAGCGUAUUUUGGUGUUGUUUGAGCGUUGUCUCAUUGCCUGCGCCUUAUAUGACGACUUCUGGCUAAAGAUGCUGCGCUAUCUGGAAUCGUUAGAGCAAAGCGUAGAGGUAUUGGGUAUAACACGUGGUGUUUAUAGACGCGCCUGUCGCAUACAUCACCCAGACAAGCCCAGCUUACAUCUCAUGUGGGCUGCCUUUGAGGAAUGCCAGCUUAACUUUGAUUCUGCGGCCGAGAUCUUGACGCGCAUUGAGCAGCGUUGUCCACAUCUACUGCAAGUUGCCUAUCGUCGCAUCAAUGUGGAGCGUCGUCGUGGUGCCUUAGACAAAUGCCGCGAGCUCUAUCAGCACUAUAUUGAGCACAGCAAGAACAAAGGCAUAGCAGGUAGUCUAGCAAUUAAAUAUGCGCGUUUCUUAAACAAAAUCUGCCAUGAUUUGGACGCUGGUAUGCUAGUGCUGCAGCAGGCGCUGGAGCGCGAUCCGGCCAACACACGCGUUGCUCUGCAAAUGAUUGAUCUGUGCCUGCAAAGAUCAGAGGUCAACGAUGAGGAAGUAGUCCAGAUUAUGGACAAAUUUAUGGCACGUGCUGACAUUGAACCCGAUCAAAAGGUGCUCUUUGCACAGCGUAAAGUAGAAUUUUUGGAGGACUUUGGCAGCACGGCUAGAGGUUUGCAGGAUGCGCAACGUGCGCUGCAGACAACGCUGAGCAAGGCUAGCGAGGCACAAAAAAAAACCAACGACAGUAGUCCUACUCGCAAGAGUUCAGCUGGCGGUAAGGAUGGCGGCGGCACCGCUGCUGCCGCGUCUAAUAACUCAGCUGCCGCAGGCCCAGCGUAUAAUAAUGGUGGACCAACAGCAGCUGCAGCGGCUGCCAACUACAACUACAACUCUGCCAACUCCAGUGGUGCAUACUAUGGCCAACAGAGUAGUGGCGGCGCCUAUGCGCCACAGCAGCAACCGACAACGCAAGGCUAUGACUCCUACUACAAUCAAUGGGGUGGUUAUCCCAGCACAGGCAGCACCAGCACAGGCGCUGGCUAUAACUAUGGUCAAUGGAGCGGCUAUGGCAAUUACUAUUAGAUAACAAUGCAAGCUAAACUCUAGCAAGAGCCACCGUUAAAUUAGUCGUUAACUUAAAGAUAAUGCUUAAUUUUAUAUUGAUUUACUAAACAUAAACAUACA